CGGUGCCGGGCCCGGUGCCGCCGGUACGGGCCGGGGGCGGAGGCGGCGGAGGCAGGUCCCGGUCCCGGUCCCGGUCACCGUCCCGGUUCCGAUCCCAGUCCCGGCGCGCCAUGGUGGUGCUGCGGGGCGGCGCGGGCCCCGAGGAGCCGUUCCCGAGGAUCGAGGACUGCCUGCCCCUGCUGGAGGAGUCCCCGUCCAAGCGGUUCUCGCCGUCCAAGAGGAAGCAGUAUUACAUCAACAAAGCCAUCCGCAACUCCGACCUCAUCCCGAGGGCCAAGGGCCGCAAGAGCCUCCAGAGGCUGGAGAACACUCGCUUCCUGAUGACCCUGCUGGAGCAGGAUGACUGCGGGAGUGAUGAGGGAGAGCUCAGCCACUCGGCCACCCCCAGCAUCUUCAGCGAGGCGUGUAACAAUGAGACCUAUGUGGAGAUCUGGAACGACUUCAUGAACCGGUCGGGAGAAGAGCAGGAGCGGGUCCUGCUCUACCUGGAGGAGGAGGCCAGGAAGAAGCAGAGGAGGAAGCUGCCUGUCAAGGAUGAAGAGAAGUGGAAAGAGCUGCCUGCCUACACGCCCCAGGAGUGCUUCCAGCGCAUCAGCCGCCGCCUGCGUGCCACCCUGAAGAGGGGCAGGAUCCCCAUGGGGACGCUGGAGGGGCUGGAGGAGGAGCUGCUGGCCUUCUUCUCUGUCACCCCGCACUCUGUCUACACAGCACUGAUGGAUAACAGCUUUGAGCGGCUCCUGCUCCACGCGCUCUGCCAGUACAUGGAUCUCGUCUCUGCCAGUUCGGACAUCGAAGGGAAACGUCAGAUGAAAGUGAGCAACAAGCACCGCGUGUUCCUGCCCCCGGAGCUGCUGCUCUCGGACUACCUGGGGCAGAUGAGCUGAUGCCCCCACAGCUGCCCUGCCCCUCCUGUGUCCUCUGCAGCCUCUCCCGGAGCCUCGGCGGGGCAGAGCCGGGGGUUUGUGCCUGUGCUGGCCGCGGGUGCGGGGCAGGAGCCCCUGGCCCGCCCCGGCUCCCCGCGCAUCCCUCCUGGAACUGUCGGUGUGUCUAUUUAUAUAACCCAGGUGUUUUUAAAAAAGAAUCAGGCAGGGCCGAGCCUCGCUGUGGCGCUGACGCUCGUGGGGUGAUUUCGGUCCAGAUUUUUCUGCGGUGAAACAGCUCCCGGCGGCUGCUGAGCAAUCGCUGAGCCGGCGGAAGAGCCCCGGGGCUGCCGCGUUCCCGCAGCCCCGUGCCCACCGGGUGUCCCGGGGGGCUCGGGGCGUGGGGAGCUCCGGAUGCUUUUUACCCCACGCCCUGUGCCCUGCCCACCCCACGGGGCUGUUUUUAAGUGUAAUAUAGCUUGUGUGUUUUUUAUCACGUGUGUGUAUAUUUACAUGUGUGUGUGUGUGUGUGUGCGUGCGUGCGUGCGUGUUGGAGGGGUGCAGCCCCUUUCGGGGCUCUCUCUGCUUUUCCACAGCUGCCAUGGGGGCAGAUGGGGGCAUUCUGGGGGUCUCUCUGUGUGCCCCCCGGCUUCGUGGCAUGUGCCAAGGUUUGCUCGGGGCAGGGCGUGCCCUGGGGAUCUUUGCUGGCUGCUUUGCCCCAGCAUGAUGACACCGACUGCCAUUAACCGUGGGCACCCCCAGAGCCUGGGGAACCCCUCGUGGGCACCCCCAGAGCCAGGGGCGCCCCUCGCUCCUCCUUGGCUGGUGUGGCGUUCAGAAACAAUAAAAACGGUGCUCCCCUA